GAAAAAGGCGCGCCCCCGCGUCCCUCCGUUUGGUGUGUUUGAGCUGAGUAACGCCGGCUAACGGUCGCUCCGCCGCGGCUCCGGUUAAAGCGGGAUAACCCGGUGAAAUGCCCGCCGAGCGCCGAUGAGGACCCGAGUCAGACAUGGAGACCGCAAUCGACUUCAAGUCCCUCCGGGCCAAGUUUCAAGAGGAAAUUCAGUCGAAGGAGAGGCCAUCUGUUCCCCACAAGCCCAAAUGCUUGCCACCUCAAGCAGGACGUACCACCACUCCCUUCAUCAUCAGUUCUUCUGGAGAAGACCACAAUCCUGCUGCAUCUAGUGCCGUUUCACGGAAUGACUGCAAGGUGGCACAAGCAAACCGGCCCUCGUGUUUUUUCCACCACGGGAACAACGGUGGAAGUGGCGUCGCAAGGCUUCCCUUCAGAGAUCGGCAGCUGCCUUUAGUGCUUCCAGCCUCGUCUACUCAUGAGCCGAAGCGCGACCCAGACGUUUCAUCUAGUAAACUGGUUACGUCACCAAUCAAAUGCAAAAAGAAAGCCAUGCCAACACCGUUCAAGCCCCCCAAGUUUUCCAAAUGCAUCAAAGAUAUCAUAGAAGGUUCUGGUGAACAUGCUGAAAACGGCAAGGUCCACAGACCUCCGUCGGCAGAGCCCACCCUGAUUGGGUCAAAUGGCUUCGACCACCAGAAUGGGGGCUCAGACUGUGGGUCACCGUGUCCGAGCCCAGAGCAGUCAGUUACGCCUCCGCCAACAGGAGAGAACUCCUCGGCUGUGGGCGGCGUCACCCAUGUCCUAAGCACUCUGGAGAAAGCCAGGAAGAAGUUCUCUCCCAAGAGUUUGUUGAUGUAUGCCAAACCCAAGAGCUUCUACGCUAGCAAAUGCUCUCCUGAGAGGUCUGUAGCGUAUGAAAACGUUCACCACGAGGCUGAGGCUGGUUCCUGGCAGUCAGGACGUCCCCCUGGUAGCUCCUUAUCUUUACCGCAAGCUGAUGGAUUCGCUCGCUUCACAGAAACUGAUUCUCACAUAAAUGGAGAUGUGAAGCCUGCGAUGCUGGACGUUCAGGCUCCUCUGGCCCGCAGACCCCUGCCAGACCUGCCAUCUCUGGGGCCUUCGCCCAUGAAACCACCCAGACCCCCACAAGUGGAUCUCAGCUCCUACUCUCAGACAGUGAAACAUGAACCCAGAGCUGAAGCACCUUCUCUGAAGCUAUCUGAAGUUCCUGAUCCCGCGGCAGCAGAUGUCAUGGGUCCAGAGAAUCAGGCUGUGCCUCCGCCUCCUGAGUUUGAUGCUCCAGAAUUUCCAGAUUUUGAGGCUUCUGUGCUGGAAGCUUUAAGUAGCAGUCUCAUAAAUCUUGCGGCUCUGGAGCUGGAGGCCACAGAAUUUGGAGCCCCGCAAGCGGACAGUUUGCCGUCUCCGCCAACAAAACCAGAAGAAGCGAAUGAUAUGGACGUUGAAGGCCCUCAAAGACAUGAGGAGGUGAUUCAGAAGCACUUGGUUUACCCUGCAGAAGCGGUCGGUGUUCUCCUGGAGAGGUCAGCUGGUCCAGAGCACUGGAAGGAUUCGCAGGCAAGCACAGCACUGCAGACUGAGCUGCUCAAACCUGUGACUUCGGAGACGACCGUAAACAGAGCUCGUAACGUCCAGACUGACUCCAACAGUAGUGAACUCCCUUCAGAACCAAGCCUCAGUCAGCCGGGAGAUCAUUAUGAAGCCUGUGAUAACGUGUACGAAGAGGUGGAGACGGUCACCAAAUUCCAUUUUGGGCAAAACUCCCGCAAACGUAAAGGACCUCCGAAGAAUCCCUAUGCUGAUUCUCCAGUGAAGGAGGACACGCGCAAAAGCAUACGGCAUGUGACGCAGUGGGCUAGUGUGACUGCUGAGGCCAAUGGUUUAAAUCCUACUCACUGUGACAGGAAGGAACGCUCGAGUCCUGACCACUCUGAUGAGAAGGAGCUGCGAAAGAGAGAGAAACAGCGUCUGGAACGGGAGAAAAAGGAGCAGAAGGAGAGGGAGAAAAAAGAAAACGAGAUGAAAAAGAAAUUUAAAAUCACUGGACAGGAGGAGCCAAUGUACCACGCCCGAGUGCUAGUUGCCAGCAAGCUGCGCAAGCAUGACCUGCAGGUGAAGAGCGGAGACACGGUCAGCAUCAUACGCACCACCAACUGCCCCAAAGGAAAGUGGCUGGCCAGGGACGCUCAGCACAACUAUGGCUAUAUAUCUGUCAUGAAUGUGGAGCUGAACAUGAAGGAGAUGCUGGAGCUGGGGAAGAAGGCGCAGGCCUCCGCGCGAGGAGCGGGCGAGGCAGACACCCUAAGCCUCAGCAGCAGGUCUUCACAUUAUAACCCAGUUCUCACGAGCAGCUUUACUGAUGAUAGCGAAGAGUGGACUGGAGAUGAUGAGACCUUGUCCACUUUACCAGAAAGCUUGGGUCCUAACAGAGCUGUCUCAAUGCCAGACAUGUUUGGUAUUGUCAGUGCUCACCGUGCACUGAGUGCUGACAGUAUGGAGGACAUCCCCUCUCAGCACGAGGCUCUUCAGAAGCUCGCGGUCUUCUUCCAGAACUCCAGAGAAGAGCUCAAUACUGUAACGGAUCACACCAGCUCAAUUCCAGCCAACUUCAAUGGUCCAGGUCUUCUGAGUGUUGUGGAGGAACCUCCUUAUGUUGAGGAAGACCAGUUCAGUUACGCAGACGUCGAGCUGCUGCCUCCUCCUGAACUCUACGCUGACUUUUUCUGAGCAUUCAGGUAAACGGCACCAUUUCUUCACUUGUUCUGGAAGACGGGCUACUUUAGGAGGUUGAAAAGCUGAAGGCCAUAUGGUGCCCAUUCAGUCUGCAGUGUUGUUUUUUUGUUUGGUUUUUUUCUGAGAGCUGCUGUUGAUGCUUUUACUCCCCAAUACAGUCUCAGUCAAAAGGACCAAGCAGUGGCCUUUCUCAGAGCUGUGUUAUGAAUUCUGAUGUGAAGAAAGGGAAAAAAUAGAUAAUUAGAAGGCUUGACACUUCUGGGUGUGAGUGUAAUGUCUAAAUGUUAUGGUGUAUUGUCAGUUGAGAUUAUGGCUUUGCACUGUCUUGCAUUUCCUUUUUUUCCCCCUGUUUGUUUUGUUCUGGCCUUUUUGUUUUGUUUGUUUGUAUUAAACCAGUCAUUUAUGUGAAUUGAUGCAUACAAUAAAUGUGUAGUUGGAUUCUGA